CCCCCCAACAUGCCAACACCAUGGCCUUAACCUCCUGGAAAACCUUCGACUUCUUCGAAGCCACCCAGCUCACCCCCCCCGACCCCGAAACCCCCAUCUUCGCCGCAUCCGCCAUAAGCGCCAUAACCUCCGGUUCCGACUCCCUCUUCCUCGCCUCCCCCGAUGGAGAUGUUCGGAUCCUAUCGCGCGGGUUCCGCGUCCAGAAGACCUGGCGCGCGCAUGAUGUCGGGGUGAUUACGCAUAUGCGGCAGAUUGAGGGGACGUCACUGCUCGUCACGAUCGCCGAGGACCUGCCCCGAGAACCAAUUCUCAAAGUCUGGGCACUGGACAAGCUGGUGAAGAAGACGGGGUUCCCGACGUGCACGAGCUCGCUCAGUAUCCAGAAUGGAAGGAAGCCGUUCCCGAUCAGUGCGUUUGCGGCGCUGGGGGAUUUAAGUCAGCUCGCGGUCGGGUUUGCGAAUGGGGCGGUGACGGUGGUGAGGGGGGAUUUGAUACAUGAUCGCGGGACGAGGCAGAAGACUGUUUUUGAGAGCGAGGAGCCGGUUACGGGGGUGGAAUUCAGGGAUGUGGCGAGGUUGACGACGUUGUAUGUUAGUACGACUGCGCGGUUGCUGAAACUUGUGAUAUCUGGGCAGGGACAAGGGCAACCGGCGAGGACCAUUGAGGAUGCGGGGUGUGGGGUGGGAUGUAUGACGGUGGAUGAGAGAAAUGGGGACGUGGUUGUGGUGAGGGAUGAUGCGAUUUACUACUACGGCAUUGACGGGCGCGGGCCGUGCUUUGCGUAUGACGGCCCCAAGAGCCUGGUGCAGUGCCACGAGGAGUACUUGGCUAUCAUAACCCCCCCAGUCACGACAUCGAAUGCGAAAUCGAGCACGCUGAGAAGGUUUGGGGGGAGUCAGGCGGAGGAGCUGUUUAAUACGAGUACGUUCACGGUGCUGGAUACGGAGCUGCAGAUUGUGGCGCAUUCGGAGAGUAUGGUUAGUCAGAUCCAGACGCUGUUGAAUCUGUGGGGCGACCUGUAUGCGCUCACGCUGGAGGGGAAGAUUUUGAGGUAUCAUGAGAAGACGCUUGAGCAGAGGCUGGAGAUCUUUUAUCAGCGGAAUUUGUUUAUUUACGCUAUCAAUCUGGCGCAGAAAUCGGGGAUGGAUGCGCAGCAGCAGAAUGUUAUCUUCAGGAAGUAUGGAGAGCAUUUGUACCAGAAGGGGGAUUAUGAUGGCGCGAUGCAACAGUAUCUUAAGGCUAUUGACAGCACGGAGCCGUCGCAGGUCAUUAGGAAGUACUUGGAUUCGCAGCGGAUACAUAAUCUGAUUGAGUACCUGGAGGAGCUGCAUGAGCAUCAUAAAGCUACAGCGGAUCAUACGACGUUGUUGUUGAAUUGCUACGCUAAGCUGAAGGAUAUUGAUAAGCUGGAGAAAUUCAUCAAGUCGCCGGGGGAUCUCAAGUUUGAUCUCGACACGGCGAUCUCGAUGUGCCGCCAAGGCGGGUAUUAUGACCAAGCCGCAUACCUGGCUACGAAGCAUGGGGAGCAUGAGAUUGUCGUGGAUAUAUUGAUUGAGGAUUCGAAGAAGUAUAGCGAGGCCUUGAAGUAUAUCUGCAGGCUCGAUCCAGAAUCCGCUUACCCGAAUCUCAUGAAAUAUGCCAGAGUGUUAUUAGAGAACUGUCCAAAGGACACUACGAAAGUCUUCAUCGACUACUACACGGGCAAAUACCAACCCGUUCUCGAGGUUGUUCCCACCGAAACUCCUCCCCCAGAAGCAGGCUACGCACAAAAUGCAGCUCAAGCGGUGCAAGGUCUCGCCAACCGUAUUCCAGUGCCAUUCAGGAAUGCUCCUGCGCCAACACCAGCAACGCAGGUGGACAUCAACCCCGCAAUAAACGAUGUGAUAAACCUGGGCGACGGCAGCUCAACACCAACAAUCCCCACGUACAUCCCACCCCGUCCCCGCACCGCAUUCUCCUCCUUCGUCGACCACUCCAACGACUUCAUCACCUUCCUCGAAGCCUGCCUCGCCCAGCCCGACGUCCCCGAAAGCGACAAAGUCGACCUCUACACCACCCUCUUCGAGAUGUAUCUUCACAAAGCCAACGAAGAUGACGGACAUGAUCGGGAAGAAUGGGAGGCCAAAGCCAAGACUCUAAUCGAGGGAAAAGACAUCCCAAUCGAUACCUCUAACGUCCUCCUCCUCUCCCACCUUGCCGACUUCCAAGCUGGCUCCAUCCUCGUCCGCGAACAAGCCGGGUUGCGCUUCGACAUCUUCCGCUCCUACACCGCUGCUAAGGACACACGCGGCGCCAUCAAAGCCCUCCGCAAAUACGGCCCGGAUGAGCCCGCACUCUACCCCGCAGCUCUCGCGUACUUCACAUCCGACUCGCGGAUCCUCAAGGAAGCAGGCAGCGAACUAGACGCGGUGUUAAAGAAAAUCGACGACGACGGCCUCAUGGCACCUCUGCAGGUCAUCCAGACUCUGUCCGCUAACUCCGUCGCGACAAUGGGCCUGAUAAAACCCUACCUCCAAAAAACAAUCGAGCGCGAGCGCCGCGACAUCGACUCCAACAACCGCAUCAUCACCUCCUACAAGGCCGAAACGGCAACCAAGCGUCGGGAGAUCGAAGAACUCAACACCCAACCCGUCGUCUUCCAAGCCACGCGCUGCUCGCGCUGCGGGAGCCCACUGGACCCGCCCAUGGUGCAUUUCCUGUGCAAACAUAGCUUUCACCAGCUGUGUCUGAAUGUGCCGAAUGAGGCGGAAGGGGAGAAGUGGGAGUGUCCGACGUGUCGGCCGGGGAAUGAGACGAUUAGGGCGAUUGUGAGGGCGCAGGGGGAGAUGGCGGGGAAGCAUGAGGUGUUUAGGGAUGCGUUGGAGAGGAGUGGGGAUAGGUUUGGCACGGUGAGUGAGUUUUUUGGGAGGGGGGUUUUGGGGGUGCCUGGGGCGGAGUAGGUGAUUGAGAGGGGCGUUGGGAGGAUGAGCGUCUGGAGUCUAGGCGCCGCUGGCUGGAGGCUGGGAGGGGCAUUGGGAGAAUGAGGGCCUGAAGUCUGGGUGCCGCUCACUAGAUGAUUAGAAGGGGCAUUUCGAGGAUGAGCGCCUGGAGUCUGGGUUCCGCUCGCUGUUUGACUGAGAAGAGCGCCGCGAAGAAAGGCGACUGAAGAGUAGCUGUGGCAUAAUAAUAUUUGGCUUGCUCAUCCAUAAUGAAACCCGAUAAUAGUGCACAUAUACCCUUUGAG